GAAGAAAAUACUUUUUUAAUCAUUUGCUUCAUUUUUCACUCUUUAAACAACCAUAGAAGGUGUGAAGAACCUUUCUUCUUAAGCCGCCAUGAUCAAACUGUUGAGUCUUGCCAUCGUAGUUGGAUUGUUCUCUGGCUCAGUAAGAGCAGAUGAUAUUGACGCUCGUCCAAUAGCACCAGAACGCAACGAAGGUCUGACAUGCUACCAUUCCAGUCCUGUCUAUUGCUGGACAGAGUGGUUUGACAGCGAUAAUCCAUCCAGACAAGGAGACAAGGAAAGCUUUUCCAGACUUCGCAGAAAAUAUCCUGGAAAGAUCUGCCGUGAACCCAUCGAUAUGGAAGCCAAAACUCUGUCUGGCAAGAUACCGGAAGAAGCAGGUGAUAUCAUUGAAAUAAAUGAUAAACGUACAGAAUUCAUCUGCAAAAAGAAGGACCAACCAGAUAGGAAGUGUGAGGACUAUAAAGUUCGCUUCAGCUGCCCUCUGCCUUACUGUGCUGAAUUCGUCUGUUGGACAGAGUGGUAUGACCAAAGCAAACCCAGCAGGUUGGGUGACUGGGAGACCCUGAGUCGGAUACAUGAAAAAUACCCAGGAGAAGUCUGCAAGUAUCCUCUGUACAUGGAGGUUGUUGACGCUGACACAAUGAAGCCAGCUAUCAACACAGGGGAUAGAUUCUACAUGUACAAUCCAAUGCAAGGAUUUGUUUGCCGCAACAUUGACCAAAAACGUGGCAACUGCAAGAACUACAAAGUACGGUUCGGAUGCCCGUGUGAUAACUGAGGCUUGAUUGCAGCAAUGACAAUGACAGCAGGAGGAGGAAAUUCAACUUUGAUUUUUAUCUGAUUUGUUAUUUCUAAAACGUUGAUUACUUUGAUUGGUAAAUUUGAUAAAUGACAUAAAUAUCAUUAGCAAAUCUGGAAAAACAUAAAUCUAUUUGAGUAUGCGGUGGUGUUCUAAAUAUGUCAGAUUAGCAAAGUCUGGUCUCCUCUAAGUUGUGACAAUGUGACU